ACUUCCCAAUUUUUUGAGGGUAAUUCUGUAAAUGGAUCAGUUGUUUGGUCGUCCUUUUCAACUAAACACAUCUGAGAAGGAACAGCUCGAAGUGCUUCACACUCAGUUGUGUCUGGACUUUAGUAUAUUUUGUUGUCAAAAUUUCUCGAAAAAUUCUCCCGCAAAAUUUCUUCUAUUUCCCUUUUGAGGAAAUAGUUUUUACGAGAAAGAUGUGUUUGCGGUGUAAAUAAUGCAAUUUUCAUAAUUGUUGAGAGUUUAAUUGUUGAAGGCAUUCAACGCAAAUUUGUUAAAGCGCUUCGAAAACGAUGAAGAUUUUCAUUGCAUUUAUGAUUAUUUUUGUAUUACUUGCUAUUGAAAGUAAUACAAAUGGAAUAUUUUUUACUGGACGUGAAAAUAUUUAUCCAGCGGACCAGUCGGGGGAUGAGAAAGUUCCGACUCAAUCCGAGAAACUACAAGAUAAUAAAAAUGCCAAUCAAGAUGAUCGAGUGUACUUACCAGAUCAAAAUGUAAAGACAGCAGACCAGAAAAAUAAAAUUUCUUCACGAUUAACCUUACGAAAGAAGAAAUUCUUUAGUCAGUUAUAUGCACCAUACGACAACAAAGGUGUUAAUAAUUUUGGUGGAAAAAACAUCACAAAUAACACAAUCAACAAUAAUAUCAAUUCGGAAUAUAGAAGACCGCAACAAAAUUCCGAAUUAAAAGACUGGAGAAACAUCAAUCUGAAUAUACUAUUUUACGUAUUUGGAACUGAAAUGGUAAUAUUAACAUCAUGUGUCAUCUUCUAUAUUGCAAAGAGAUUUAUUAAAUUCUGCCAACAACAACUAGAAACCAGGAUGUGCGAUAUCAUAUCGGAACAAAUCAACAAUGAAAGUCUGAACACACUACGAUUUACAUGUAAAAUCGACACAGAUAGACCCACACCAAUGCAUAAAGAGAAAUUUCCUAUAUGCGAUAAAAAUGACUAUUAUCUUUCCAACGAUAAGAGUGAUAAAUACACUCAAACAGAAGACAUCUCCACUGAUUAUCUGACAAAUCACAUAUUGUCAGCAGAGCCCAACAUAGAAUUAGAUCAACACGUGGUGAUAGAAGAAACUCCUAUUUCGGACUCUAUGACCGACAUAAAGUUUGAUAUGAACGAAGAUGAAGAAGAGGUCACUUCUGAAAUGCGGCCACUACUAACAAUUUCAAAAGAAUAUUUGAAAGCAAAUUUGAAACGACCCAAACGUUUUUUUUCCUUUAUGAAAAGAAAGAAAAACGAAAUUAAAAAAGUCCGAUUUAAUCCUAAUCCAACUUAUCAUUACUACGACAAAAAUCUGGACAAGACUGACCAUAAGAUGGAUUUUACUUGGAUAAGAGCAAUUCCUUCAGACAAAAUGUCGUUGCUGAAGGAACUGUAUGACGUUUUAAUUAAAAUGGACAGAGAGGGAAUUUUACAAAAGAAUUCGUCAAAUGACUCAAAUUUCGGCAAGGAAAUAGAGACAAAUUCCGAUGCGUCAGAAGACGAAACACUUGGAGGUGUUCCUUCGCAAAAGUGUUUGUUUCAAGAGGAUGAUCCAUUGACAGAAUCAUCUUCGGAAGAUUGGGAAAUUUCUCCAGUGUGACGCAGCAAGAUUUUUCUUAUUCUAAAUAAUAACUGUUUCUUUGUUUAAUUAUUUCUGUAUGAUUUACCGUUUAAAAAU